AUGCUUAUUAGAUUCGAAAUCAGGUUUCACAAGUCCAUAUAUGUCAUAUUGAUCUGAGGAUAGUAGCUUUAUGGAAAACAGUUGAUGAGGGAAAAACAUUUAUAGUUCAAGGAUAACAAGUACGGGAGAUAACAGAGACAAAGUCUCCAGGAUACUUCAAUGUGCACUUGAUGUGAGAUCUCUCUUUUGAGUACGUCUGCACAGUAUUUAUAUGCUUAUAGAAUUGGAUAUCCAGACCAUUGCAUACAUUAUAUUUCCUGCUAUAACUGCUCUUAACAUCUCACUAUGAGUCAGCACUUCCGUUUUAUUCGCCGUUACACCGGGCCGCUGCGGGCUGCAAUAUUGGACUGGAGCGGAACCACGGCGGACAAGUACGUCCUCGCACCGGCGGUUGUGUUCGCCGACGUCUUCGAGAAACACAAGGUCCCAAUCUCUAUGAAAGAGGCGCGGCUCCCUAUGGGGCUCCGGAAAGACCUCCACAUCAAGGAGAUCACGGAGAUACCGGAAGUGAGGCAGCGAUGGAAGGAAGUGUACGGACGGGAUCCAAACCAAGGUGACGUUGACAACAUGUUCAAGGACUUUGUGCCCAUGCAGCUGGGCUGCCUCCGGAAGUACACUGACCUGAUACCGGGAACUGUUGAAGCCGUCAAUACCAUGAAGAACGAGUUUGGCAUGAAGAUCGGCAGUUCUACUGGCUUUGUCAGGUCUAUGGUGGAUAUUUUACUAGAAGAGGGUAAAAAGCAGGGAUUUCAUCCCGACUGCACUGUUGCAGGCGACGAGGUUGUGAACGGAGCACGUCCGAAACCAUUCAUGGUUUAUCGUAACCUUGACUUGUUGGAUGUUGCGACCAUACAGUCAGUAGUUAAAGUUGAUGACACUGUAAGUGGUAUCGGCGAAGCACUAAACGCUGGUUGUUGGGGAGUAGGCGUGGCCAGAUAUUCAAAUUACAUGGAUAUUAACACGUUAGACCAAGAGAGCCAACUGAGUGAAGCUGAAAUCCAAACGAGGCUCGAGCAUUCACGUGACUUGUUACGUAAAGCAGGUGCGCACUACGUCGUCGAUUCGAUUAAAGACCUACCGGAAGUGUGUGCAGACAUUAACACCAGAUUAGCACGCGGAGAAUCACCUUGAAAACAGAAACAUUUUAGAUUUAAUUCAUUAUUCAAUCAAGAAUCACGCUGCCUCAUAUUGAGCGUUCUGCUUUAAUAAAUUUAAUCUAUUCCAA